GGCCAAAGUCCCAGCCAGGUGGCUCCGAAAGGCGGUGCAGGGAGGGCGCCGCAGGGAGGAGGGGGCCGUCCUGCUGGAGACCCCGAGAAACACCCCGGUGAGCAAGUAGGCAAGGCUGCCCCUCCACCCGCCCCCGGCAUGGUUUCUUCGUGUCUUGAACAGGUGCCUUUGCAGGCAGAAAUUCGGUAGGCCCACGGUUCCCCCAGGGUGAAGGUGAAGAGAGUAGAACGAAUGGCUGUUUGCCCUGUCUUUGUGAAAAGGGCUGAUGGAACUGGAUCUAUCAACAAGAGAACUGUCAGCCGGGGAACUACAACUCCUAUCACCCCCAGCCAGUGAAUCAGUUGCUCUGUUGGCUGAGGAUGAUGAGAGUUACAGUUCAACUCAUCUGGAGGAUAGCAGUUUGGGGAAAGCUGCAUCUUGCUAUCGCUUUCAUGCAUUUACUACUUAAAUUUUACCGAAGUGGAAGUGUAAAAACUCCCAUUAGAGUACUGAAAUAAGCUGUUUGCUAGUGCAAAGCACACCGCUUGCAAUCACUCACUGCAAACGCAUUUUUAACAGCACAUUUGAUGUUGCCAUUAUUGGUGCGGGCAUCGUGGGGCUGGCAUCGGCCAGGGAGCUCAUCCUGCGGCAUCCAUCGCUUGCUUUUGGAGUGCUGGAAAAAGAGAAGGAACUCUCCAUCAGAGUGGACACAACAGUGGCGUCAUUCACAGUGGGAUCUACUACACUCCAGGAUCACUAAAAGCAAAGCUGUGUGUGGAGGGGUCUCUCCUCUGCUACGAAUACUGCGACCAAAGGGGAAUCCCUUACAAGCAGUGCGGCAAGGUAUGCUGAUUGUUGCAGUUGAACAGGAAGAAAUCCCAAGGCUGAAAGCACUGUAUGAGAGGGGCCUGCAGAACAGUGUCCGCGGGCUGAGGCUGAUAACAUCCAAAGAAAUUCAAGCAAAGGAGCCCUACUGCCGGGGUUUGAUGGCCUUGGACUCCCCGUACACCGGCAUUGUGAACUACAGGCAGGUAGCCCUGGCCUAUGCUGCAGAUUUUGAGGCAGCGGGAGGAACUGUGUUGACGGGCUUUGAGGUGAAAGAUAUGGAGAUGGCAAAAGAAAGUCCUGCUGCAGGCAUGGAAGGAAUGAAAUAUCCGGUUGUUGUAAGAAAUUCGAAGGGGGAGGAAAUCCGGUGCCGGCACCUCGUAUGCUGCGCGGGGCUUUACUCGGACCGCCUCUCUCAAGUCAGCGGCUGCAGUCCAGAGCCUCGCAUCGUGCCUUUCCGGGGCGAUUACUUGGUGCUAAAACCAGAGAAGUGUUAUCUGGUUAGAGGAAAUAUUUAUCCGGUACCUGAUCCUCGUUUCCCCUUUCUGGGCAUUCAUUUCACCCCAAGGAUGGAUGGGAGCGUCUGGCUGGGCCCUAAUGCUGUGCUUGCCUUCAAACGAGAGGGAUACAGAUUUUGUGACUUCAGCAUCCAGGAUUUUUCCGAUGCAGUUGCUUUCAGUGGCCUGUGGAAGCUGGUGUUCAGGAACCUCUCCUAUGGGAUGGGGGAGAUGUACAGAGCAUGUUUUCUUACCGCACAAGUGAAACAACUCCAGAAAUUUGUGCCAGAAGUUACCGUCAACGAUAUUCUCAGAGGUCCAGCUGGUGUCAGAGCUCAGGCCUUGGACAGCGAUGGGAACUUGGUGGAUGAUUUUGUGUUUGACGGAGGCACUGGCGACAUUGGCAGCCGAAUUCUGCAUGUCAGAAACGCGCCUUCCCCUGCUGCGACCUCCUCCCUCGCCAUUGCAAAAAUGAUCGCCAGCGAGGUGGAGCAGAGAUUCGAAUUGUGAGCGCAACUCCGGAGACGCUUGUGAGCCUGACUGAUCCCUCCAUGAUGAACAACAAAGGAAGCUGCUGCUUUGAGUGAGACAGGAAGCCGGGGUCCCCUUCUAGACUGCCUUGCAGAAGGCCUCCAGCUUCAGCACGCUCUGAAACGCCCUUCCUUCUCUAGGGAUCAAGUAGUGAUUCUGUAUGCGUCCGUGAGAAGCGGAUCAGGCAGGGAGAGGAACCCCUCUCUGUCUCUGCUCCAUGCAGACUCACACUGAGGGUGCCGCUUCCAACUAUCUGGGUAAACGGGGACCGUGGAUGGGCCACCUUCCCAGUCAGCUGAAGACCGAGCAGUGAGACAGCGAGUCCAGAGAGGAAACUCCUGGACAGCCCCACUCAAAGGCCAAACGAUGGGCAGGAGUACAGAAGUAGUGACCCAAGUACUGGAACUAGAGGCUGAUUUGACCUAGCAACUAAAAUAAGCUUUACCCGUUAUUUGUCUCUGGAUGCUUUUGCUUCGUCCUUAAUUUUGGUCAUGGCUGCAGAUCAGGCUGUUUUCCAGACUGCAGGCUGGUGGGGGCUGUUCUGCUUUCUGACCAUCAUCCUUUUUCUGGAUGGCCCAGAAAUGUGAGGAUCAUAGUAGUACCUAACUAACUUGAGGCUUUGUUUGUAAACUAAAAUACCGUGGAGGUUCCAUAGGAAACAAGACCUGAUCAGGUUCCAUUAUUGGAAAGCGAGUUCAUACAAAAUGCUGUUGUGUGUUGGAUUGAGUAAUAAUGAAUGUAAAAACUGUAAAAAUGUAAAAAAAUCGAGACAGAAGUGGACAAGCAAAUUUAUAAAAUCUUUCUUCACUGAA